UAUCUUCUAGAAACAGCCUCUAGUAAAGUUGGCUCGGGACAGCUUUUGUAAAAGAUAUACAUAUGCCCCUCUUUCUUCACCUGUAAAAGAUGGCCAUCGAUAGCGUUUAUGCUUCGUCUCCACCGUUUAAGACCGGGCCAUCUGGCCACCCGCGCCAUUUCUACCUUGCCGUCGAUCGCCUUCAGUUCAAAAUGCAAACGGUGGUUGAACUCGUGGAUCUGGUGGCUCGAUGUCCAUGCUUGCCGAUCGUCGUCUGUUGCAGCACGCGCGACGACCUCGACUCUCUCUGCUCCUCCCUCUCCGCUCUCCCCUUCCUUUCCUCCUCUGCUUUGGUACAUCGCUGACUCUUUUUCUUCCCGUAAUUGCCGCGUUUCUUUGCUACUUUGUUGUUGUUUCCUCCGUUUCUGUUUUCCACGUGUCAGUACAGUGACCUCGCCGAAGAUGAACGCGCUUUCGUAUUGGAGAAGUUUCGACAGGUAACCGCGAGGUGGAAUCAGAUGAAUCACGGUGGAGCACCAAACGAGGACGAGGCAGGGAAAGAUGAGAGAUCUCAUAUGAUCAUUUUAACAUCGGUUAUGGAAUGACCGAUUUUAAAAGUGAGACUUUUAAGAUUGGUCAUUGUGAACUGAUUUUAAAAGUGAGACUUUUAAAAUCGGUCAAUGACUGAUGUUAAAAGUUUCAUUUUUUAAAAUUGGUUCUUUUAAAAUUGGCUCGAGAACUGAUUUUAAAAGUAAAAAAUAACUGAUUUUAAAAAGUUUUUUUCUACUAGUGUCGGCUAACAAAAUUUACACCAAAUAAUUCAUUAUACACAUUUAAAACAUAUUGUAAUGUGUAUAUCUGAUCUAUGUAAGAUUUGUAAUCGUGGUGAACAUGUUUACAUGCGACAAUAACAUGGGAGCAUGACAUGUGUAGCUUUUGGAAUUUUUCACAGUCACACCAUUUGUCAUGUAGUCUAACCGUGAAAGUUUCAAUAGGUCGUGUUUCCCUUGGGUUAA